AUGAAAAUAAUCGUAUUGAUUGUGCUGCUGGGAGCAGCUCUGGCAAGAGACGAAUACUUCUUUGCUUAAUUGAGAGAUUCAGAAUUCGGAAAAACAAUUAUAUAGACAUUACAAGUAUAAUUGUUACAAGAACAUCCUGCUGACACAGUUGUGCAUCUCCUAAAGCAAAUGAAGGAUGAUCUUCUCAAUGAAUAGAGAGCUGAAGAUGAAGAUGUGUAAGUGUCAUUGUAGAGUUGCCAAACAGCAUCCGAAGCAGCUGCUGCAGUCAUAACAGUUGCCAAGGAAAGAAAAGCAACAGCAGAAGACAGAUUGCCUCUAUUGUAAUAGGAACAAAAUGACAAGAAAUAACAAUUGCUCGACAAACAAGGGGAAGAGUAAAGAAACUUGGAUAGAAUUAGUGUAUUGCAAGAGGCUCGUAACGUGUAAAGAGGUGAGUACGAACAAAGAAGAGACGAAUUGGUAGGAUUGAUUUCAGCCUUACAAGAAGCCAAAUAAAUCUUAUCUCAAGGAAUCACUGCUUUGAAGAAGACUAGCUUUGCUGAAUUGAAGAGCCAUCAUUAAAGUUUCUUGAAAUAUUAUCCUCACAAAAAGGGUUUCCAUACUAUGGUCAACAUGUUAUUGGAAGUAUUACAAGAUGAGGGUACACAAGAAAGUGCAGCACAAAAGGUUGUUAAGAUAAUUGACACUCUUGUUGAUAGCAUCUUCCAAGUUUAAAAGGAAGAAAUGAAGGCAGAUGAUGCAAGGGAAUUAGACUUUUAAACCUAAAAAGAAAGAUUACUUUUAGCAAACAGAAGACUGGCAGGAAGUAUUGCAGAUCUGAAUGCUCGUUAUGAAGUCUUGGGACAAAAGGUUUUGGAAGUCAGAAAUGAUGUUUCCACUUAAGAUGCUGUUAUUAAUAAUAAAUAGACUGAAAAAGGAGAUUGGGAUCAAACUUGCAAUGACACUGAGAAGGCUCAUAGACAAUAAACGGAAGGAAGAAAUUCUUAGCUUGAGAUUAUUGUUGAAUGCAUUGAUAUCUUUGAGACAAGAUUCGACAUGGAAACUAAAAGCUAUAUUCAACGCAUAAGAUUCUGAAAAAUAUUAAUACCAAUAAAUAAAAACGGAUUUUAAUAUAUAUAAA